AUGAUUUUCAUCAUUCCUGGAAUUAAACACAGGUGUGCUAUUCCUGGUUUAACAAAUGACACUUACGAAGUGCAAAGCGAAGCCCACGCUGAGCUUAUUAAAGAAUACAUUCCUGAAGAGAUAGUGGAUGGGAAACCAGUUUACAACAAAUGCCAUCUUUAUGCUAACAAGAGUGUCCUGGGAAACCAGACUCUGACUAAUUGUGCUUCCUGGGUCUAUGACAAAUCAAUAUUUCAAUCAUCGAUGACCAGUGACUUUAAUUUAGUUUGUGGCAGAGAAUGGCUCACCCAUCAAAUCUAUAGCGUAUUUUUUAUUGGCGUUUUGUUUGUCAUGCUGUGUUGUGGUUGGCUUCCAGAUCGGAAAGGGACUAAUGCCAAGAUGCCAUUUCAUCUAUCAAAAUCUUUCAUAUCUAUCGCAAUCCGUUUGGUCCUUCCUUCUUUCCUUCCUUUCUAUCUAUCUAUCUAUCUAUCUAUCUAUCUUCAGUUAUAUCUAUUGUUAUUUUCUAUUUAUCUACCAUCCUGUUUACAAUGGACUACAACAACAUUGGCCAUAUUAAGCAGAUUGUGCAUUACUGGAAACUAUGGGAUCAUCUACCUACAUACCUGUGAAUUGUACCCAACAUGUGUUAGAAACGGUGCACUUGGAUAUCUCUCUGCUUUUGCCACAAUGGGUGGUAUUACAGCUCCAUACAUUAUGAUGAUACGUCAUCUUGCAGAUGGAAAAUUGGGUGACAGUUUACCUCUGUUGACGAUGGGAUUUGCUUGCAUCUUGGCUGGCGUCUUGUACGUCUUUCUUCCUGAAACCAAUAAGAGACGCAUGGAGGAUAAUUUUGACGAUGUACACGAAGAAAAGUUUAAGUCGAUUAGUACGCUCUCUCUCUCUCUCUCUAUCUAUCUAUCUAUCUAUCUAUCUAUCUAUCUUAUAUAUCUCUUAUACAUUUUACAGAUAUUUAUAAAAAGAUAA